AUGUUUUUGUUGUGUGUUCGCUCUCACAGGCACACUCUCUACUCUUUGAAUUUGCCCUUCCUUUCUGUGGAAGAAGAGGAAGAGGUUCCGCUCUGUGGCGGUGGCUAUCCCAUUCCAGAUGCCGAUGCGGAUCUAUUCCCAUUGAAUACCAAAUCUAAUCGUAGCAUAAGCAUUUGGAUGGGAUCUAAAUCCAUCUUAUUGCGGCUGCGGAGGGGAAGGAGAAAGAAGGCGUUGCAGUUUGAUUCCCUUGGAAAACGUGGAUCAUUGUUUGGGUGUUUGAAAAGGCAAUUCAAAAUUCAGCGACCGGGUUCGGGGGCUGAAUUGCCCCAAGGAGGUGGUGAGUUCAACCCUUAUCCUGUAGUACGGAGGGUGAGUUCCACCCAUUCUAUAAUGAUGGACGAUGAUAUGGAGGCCGGUACUUUGGGUGUGGGGGCUUACCAGGACAAGCCCAGAAUCUUCCCCAACAUGCGCACUAAACCUUACACCCCUCUGAUAUUUCGGAUUCUGCUUGGUAUAAAUGUUCGUGUCUUGUUCAUUCUUUUGCUCCUCGGACUGGGUGCUAUCUUUUACGUGGGAGCCAGUACCUCUCCGAUCAUUGUGUUUGUCAUCUCUGUUUGCAUUUUCAGCUUCCUUGUUGCCAUCUAUCUUGUAAAGUGGGUGCUCGCAAAAGAUGAAGGGCCUCCUGAAAUGGUUCAGAUUGAUGAUGAUUCAAACUUGCCUAAGGUGGAUCGGUCAUGUGAGAAGAAUACCAAUAGACACUCUAGUGAGAAAAGAGGAUCAUAUGAAGAUAGUCUGAUUAUAAUGGCUAUUGGUGUAGCCUUUAUAGCAGAUGCUAUACGAGAUGGAGCUGAAGGAUUUUUCAGGACCCAGUAUGGGAGUAUAUCCAAGAUGGCCAUGUUCCUUGCUGUUGUCAUUUUAUGCAUAUAUUUGUUUCGCAGUACAACUCCUCAACAAGAAUCUUCUGGUCUUGGAAGGUCAACUUCUGCAUACAUUACUGUAGCUGCUUUCCUUUUAGGUGCCAUUUGUUCGGGUAUUGCUGGAUAUGUAGGCAUGUGGGUGUCAGUUCGUGCCAAUGUCAGAGUUUCUAGUGCUGCAAGACGGUCUGCAAGAGAGGCAUUGCAGGUUGCCACUCGUGCAGGUGGUUUAUCUGCGAUCAUUGUUGUUGGAAUGGCUGUAAUUGGUAUAGCGGUGCUUUAUGCCACGUUUUAUGUUUGGUUGGGAGUGGACUCACCUGGUUCAAUGAAGGUUACUGAUUUACCUCUUCUUCUAGUUGGAUAUGGAUUUGGUGCCUCGUUUGUUGCUCUAUUUGCUCAGUUGGGUGGUGGAAUAUACACAAAAGCAGCUGAUGUUGGAGCAGAUCUUGUUGGAAAAGUAGAACAGGGAAUACCUGAAGAUGACCCUAGGAAUCCUGCUGUUAUUGCUGAUCUGGUUGGGGACAAUGUGGGAGAUUGUGCUGCUCGAGGUGCUGAUCUUUUUGAAAGUAUUGCAGCUGAAAUAAUCAGUGCUAUGAUACUUGGUGGAACAAUGGCACAACGUUGUAAAAUUGCAGAUCCAUCGGGCUUCAUCUUGUUUCCUCUUGUUGUUCACUCAUUUGAUUUGGUAGUUUCAUCAAUUGGAAUAUUUUCUAUUCGGGGUACACGCGAAACUGGAGUAAUGGUUCCUGUGGAGGAUCCUAUGACAAUUCUUCAAAAAGGAUAUUCUUAUACGAUAGUUUUAGCUGUUCUGGCAUUUGGUUUGUCUACCCGGUGGUUACUUUACACUGAGCAAGCACCUUCUGCAUGGUUCAAUUUUGCCUUGUGUGGGUUGAUUGGUAUCAUCACUGCGUACAUAUUUGUCUGGAUUGCCAAGUAUUAUACUGACUACAAGCAUGAGCCGGUGCGCAUAUUAGCCCUUUCCAGCUCCACUGGACAUGGGACUAAUAUAAUUGCUGGAGUCAGUUUGGGUCUGGAAUCUACUGCUCUUCCUGUCCUUGUAAUCAGUGUGUCAAUUGUCUCAGCUUUCUGGCUGGGCCACACCUCUGGACUAGUAGAUGAAGCAGGAAAUCCAACUGGUGGGUUGUUUGGCACAGCUGUAGCGACAAUGGGAAUGCUAAGCACUGCUGCCUAUAUUCUUACUAUGGAUAUGUUUGGCCCAAUAGCUGAUAAUGCUGGAGGAAUUGUGGAGAUGAGUCAGCAGCCUGAAAGUGUCCGGGAGAUAACAGAUGUCCUUGAUGCAGUAGGAAACACGACCAAAGCUACCACCAAAGGAUUUGCUAUUGGUUCUGCCGCUCUUGCAUCUUUCCUUUUGUUUAGUGCGUAUAUGGACGAGGUUUCUGCUUUAGCUCAUGAACCUUUUAAACAGGUUGAUAUUGCAAUUCCCGAGGUUUUUGUUGGUGGUUUGCUAGGUUCCAUGCUUAUAUUUGUCUUUAGUGCUUGGGCUUGUUCUGCUGUUGGCAGAACUGCACAAGAGGUUGUUAAUGAAGUGCGAAGGCAGUUCAUUGAGAGGCCUGGUAUAAUGGAUUACAAGGAAAAACCAGAUUAUGGUCGCUGUGUUGCUAUUGUAGCAUCUGCAUCAUUAAGAGAGAUGAUAAAACCUGGUGCUUUGGCAAUCGUUUCCCCUAUUGUAGUUGGGUUUAUCUUCCGAAUUUUGGGCUACUAUACAGGGCAACCUUUACUCGGGGCUAAAGUUGUGGCUGCAUUGCUCAUGUUUGCAACAGUGUCUGGUAUUCUUAUGGCACUUUUUCUGAACACAGCUGGUGGUGCCUGGGAUAAUGCAAAGAAAUACAUUGAGACUGGAGCUCUUGGAGGGAAGGGAAGUGAAGCUCACAAAGCAGCCGUAACUGGAGAUACAGUGGGAGACCCAUUCAAAGACACAGCUGGUCCUUCAAUCCAUGUUCUUAUAAAGAUGCUCGCAACCAUUACACUGUUGACAAGACAAGAAUGGACAAAAGCUAAGCUCACAUAUAUGUCUACGCGCGCUGUGUGUAUUUGGACUUCAAAUGCAAAUGCAAUGUCUCUCAGAAGCAGCGGUUUGUUUUGGUUUCAAAUAAAUUGCUCCGAUUCAAAGCAAGGUAGCCGUGGCUUUGGAGAAAACUCUAACAGGAUUAAGACCAACAAAUCUGACAAGGGUUUCGUCUCGCAGCAAAGUGGCAAGGGAUCAACACCUAAACAGUCUCGCCCUUUAUCUUCUCAGGCACCCCGGUUAAAUUCACAACCUGACGGAAAAUCUAGGAACGAUUUUUUGGAUGUUGACUUUGAAGAACGCCUAAAAACAGUUAGAAGGUCAGCACUUGAGCAGAAGAAGGCAGAGGAGCAAAAAGAAUUUGGACCAAUUGACUAUGAUGCUCCAAUUUCUUCCGACGAUAAGACAAUUGGCCUUCCUACUAAGAUUGGAGUAGGGGUAGCUGUUGCAGUCUUCGGUCUGGUUUUUGCUUUUGGAGAUUUUCUUCCAUCAGGAAGUGUUAGUCCCACUGAUGACAAUGCUGUGGUCAAUAGUAAGUUGUCCGAGGAGGAUAAAGCUACUCUCCAGAGUAGGCUGAAGGAAUUCGAAGCAACAUUAAGUAUUUCCCCAAGAGAUCCAACUGCUCUUGAAGGAGCUGCAGUAACUUUGGCUGAGCUAGGAGAAUAUGCAAGAGCUGCUUCUCUACUUGAUGAUUUGACAAAGGAAAAACCUAAUGAUGCUGAUGUUUUUCGUUUGCUUGGAGAAGUUAAGUACGAACUCAAAGAUUAUGAAGGGAGUGUUGCUGCAUAUAAAAGCUCCGCAAGUGUUUCCAAAGAUAUCCAAUUUGAAGUUCUCCGUGGACUUACCAAUUCAUUACUUGCUGCCAAAAAGCCAGAAGAGGCUGUUCAAUUUCUUUUGGCCUUUCGUGAGGAUCUGAGUUCAGAAAACUUAAGCAAAAAGUCUAAUAGCAACCCAUCAGACUCACAGAAGCUGGAUCCUGUUCAAGUUGAAUUACUUCUAGGGAAAGCAUACUUAGAUUGGGGCCAUGUUAGUGAUGCUGUAGCUGUUUGUGAUCAACUCAUAUCUGCUUACCCUAAUGAUUUUCGUGGGUACUUAGCUAAGGGAAUCAUCCUAAAAGAAAGCAAAAAUAUUGGUGAUGCAGAAAGAAUGUUCAUACAAGCUAGGUUCUUUGCACCUGAUAAAGCCAAAGCACUUGUGGACCGUUAUGCAAGAUGA